GUACUCGAGUACAGAACCGGUAGAGAAUCAACUGACUGCAGACUACGGUAGUCAACUCCAUUACCCGACAAGAGUGUCGUUCCCAUAUGUACCCGUAUCAACGCAGUACUAGAACCGCUUCGCAACACGUCUCGCAAUCCGGCAGUCCAGAAAGCUCCUGGCUCAACACUAUUGAAGCUUCAUUCCCGAAGUCUUCGCUCUGACGCAAACCACCAACCAGCAGUUCCAACCAUGUAUUCUCUCCAAAAUUGGGGUAUUCUUUUGCUGCCGUUGGCCUCCCUGUUUUCUCUCGCCCCAUGCUCCAGUGCAGAUUCCACUCCUGUCCCGUCGAACGGUUUCACUCCUCCUCAGGUCUUUAAGAAUUCAAAUCUUUUGCGGACCAUCGACAUUACGAAGCCUUACGUUCGCGAGACUAUUGCUAUGGUUAUUGACAAUAUCUCCAAGGAGCCUCAGGCCGAGUAUUAUGUUCCUAUUCCGAAGGGAAUUGUAGAGAAUAUUAGCUACCUUGAGGCUAGGGGUGAAGAUGGACCCCAUAUUGUCAACACUCCCGCGUUCAUACCCGAAAGGUUUGUUUUCCCGCGGGUGUUGAUUCGCGAUAGACGAUUUAGAGAUUGACUUCUAUUCCCUAGUGAGAUGCAGUACUACAGAGUCCUCCUCAACACACCUCUUUCCGCUGGCAAGUCCGCAAAGCUGUGGAUUACUCUUGCGCAGACCGAUUGUCUUAUUCCUGUCCCCGCCCUUAUCGGUCAAACCGACAAACAGUUUCUCCAGUGGACUGGUUCCCAGUACGCCGCCUCAGCAUACGUUACGGAGAAACAAAAGACAAAAAUUAGGUUUCCCAACAGUGAAGUGCCGAAUUUCACCGUCUUGGAGAAGAACGGCGAGAACGAUGACCCUACUGGGGCUGGAGCUUGGUACACAUAUGGACCUUACAAGACUGUUAACCCGGACCAGGAGGGGGGGAAAGCUAUUACCCUCCGAUUUGAAUACACAAACCCAGUAAUUAAAAUGACCAGAAUGGAAAGACACAUUGAGGUCAGCCAUUGGGGUGGUAACAUUGCCUUUGAGGAGCGCUACUGGAUGACUAACUUGGGAGCAAAGUGGGUUUAUCUGAAAACCGGCUAUUAUGAACAUUUCCACUAAUGGCUCUGUCACUAGGCUAAAGGACACUUUCUCCCGUGUGCAAUGGGCAUCAACCAGCUACUACAACCCUCCCACCAGUGCCAUCAAGCAUCUAACCUUCCCCCUCAUCCCUGGAGCACAGGAUGCCUAUUUCACCGACGAGAUUGGCAAUGUUUCUACCUCACGCUUCCGCAGCAACAUUCGUGAAGCUCAUCUUGAGCUCAAGCCCCGCUAUCCUGUCUUUGGGGGAUGGAACUACUCCUUUGUCGUAGGGUGGAACUACGACCUCAAGCACUUCUUGAGAGUCAGUCAGGAUGGGGAAAGAUAUGUCCUUAAGGUUCCUUUCUUAGAAGGCCCUAAGGAUAGCAUUACUUACGAUGAGGUGGAGAUUACUGUUGUCCUUCCCGAAGGGGCUACGUAUGUAACCCUCGCUCGGCUUAUGCUUUACCAACUCUGACAGAAAGUGCGUUAAGUGAUGUUAAAUGCUCUCCCCCUAUCCCUCUCAUCAGUGAAGAGGAAUACCUGCACCACACCUUUAUGGAUACUCGCGGUCGUAUAGCUAUCAAAAUGAAGGCGGCUAAUGUGGUAGAUGAACAGCACAAGAAGGAGCUAAUCGUGAGACCCGCUACUUCCCGUCGUCACCAUAAACUCGUGCUAACUCACUUGGGCAUAGGUAACCUAUCACUACCCAACCAUGGCGCUCUACAGAAAACCGUUCGUGAUCUUCACUGGUGUUCUAACCCUUUUCACUCUUUCAUGGCUUGUCAGUAAAAUUGAUCUUAAGAUAGGAAAAUAAGAUGGGGGUUUGAUUGUGUAUAUAUCCUUUAUUAUUGUUCUUAUUUGGUGGGGGUGGUAGGAGUGUCUGAAUAGUUUCCUCCCGGUUAGAAUCGAUGUUUGGGUAGGGAAGGAUUGGCAUGGAUGGCGUGGGGACGGGACUGGCCCGGGGAAGUGAAAACAGAAGUAUGGUGUUUUGCUGGAAUAAAGCUUCGCGUUAUCGCCCUGUUGUGGAGGUGCCGAGGUGGGGUCUGGCGAAGGAAAUAAUUGUGCUACGAUGGUUUGGGCUGGAUCCUGAAAAAUUGUGCGCGUUUGAGAAGAGAUAGCAGGAUGGGUGAUAUCUCUAUAUGGUACUCAUGCAAGGUUAGACGUCUCUUGGCGUGUUUGACUGAUGUUAUUAAGUAGUUUUGAUGCCGGAAUUGGUUUCUGAAUGACCUCUCUCACCUGUCACGUUGGGCGAUUGUGUAGGUCAUACUUUGUUUGACAGAUUAGCCUGCGGGGAAUUUUGACGUCGAAGGAGCCUGCCCUAGAAUGCACGAUACAAUUUGUAUGAGGGUGUUUUGGAAUGAUGUGUGAGCGAAAUUAAACAGUUGGAGGGCUCAGCGAGG